GAUGGUUCAUAUAAAUGACAUUUAUAACAGCUUUAAUUAUUGCAAAGUUCUGCAUCAGAAUGUCCAGGUCAGUCUGAGUGACACUGUACGGUGGACGACUUACUAUUAAUAUGAAGCGGUCACAAACAUAUGUGCGGGCCACAACACAUGGAGAUGGAAUUGACGUUUAUGUACGAUACAAUAUUUUAAUCAUAAUAUGUUGUUGAGCGUCUUUUCCUGUGUCAGAGGAAGAGAGUUCUGUUGCUGUCACUCAAUGAGACCACAGAUCCCGCUGUCUGACAAACUGCAGCCAUUCAUUAUGAGGAGGAGUUAUUGAAUGCACACAGACACACACACACACACCCACCCACCCACACACACCCACACACACACACACCCACACACACCCACACACACACCCACACACACACCAUCAUCAUCAUUCCCCUCAGGUUCAGGGGGGGACUGAGGAACCUCUUGUGCUCUCACUCGUCGCUUGGCUCAACAUGGAGUUACUACACUUUGUGCUGGUCGCUGCAGUCACCGCCUGCACGGUGAAAGUUUCUCAUCAGGGGGCGAACCAGCGCAGACUGUACCAGGACCUGAUGACUGGAUACAACUCACUGGAGAGACCAGUGUCCGAUGACACGCAAGUGCUCACCGUCAAUUUCGGCCUCAGCCUCAUGCAGAUCAUGGAUGUGGAUGAGAAGAACCAGGUUUUGACAACCAACAUUUGGCUACAACUGUUCUGGGACGAUCAUUACCUGAAGUGGGACCCGGUGGAGUAUCCCGGUGUGACCAAUGUGAGAUUUCCCGACCAUCUCAUAUGGAAGCCGGACAUUCUGCUCUACAACAGUGCGGAAGAGAGAUUUGAUGCCACGUUCCACACCAACAUUUUGGUCAACCACUCGGGUUCCUGUAACUACAUUCCUCCUGGGAUCUUCAAGAGCACUUGCCGCAUCGAUGUGCGCUGGUUCCCUUUCGACAUCCAGAAAUGUGAACUGAAGUUUGGCUCCUGGACGUACGGGGGCUGGUCUCUGGACUUGAAGCUGUUGGAGGCCGACACCAGCAGCUACGUCGCUAAUGGAGAGUGGGAUCUUGUCGAGGUUGUCGGACAGAAGAACGAGCGAUCCUACGUGUGCUGCGAGGAGCCGUACCCUGACGUGACCUUCACCAUUGUGAUGCGGCGACGGACGCUCUACUAUGGCCUCCACCUGCUCAUCCCGUGUGUCCUGAUCUCCACUCUGGCCCUGCUCGUCUUCCUCCUACCUGCUGACUCUGGGGAGAAGAUCUCACUGGGCAUCACCGUCCUGCUCUCCCUGACCGUCUUCAUGCUGAUCGUUGCGGAGAUCAUGCCUGCCACAUCGGAGUCGGUGCCUUUGAUAGCUCAGUACUUUGCCACCACCAUGGUCAUUGUCGGUUUCUCGAUAAUUGCUACAGUUCUGGUCUUGCGGUAUCACCACCACGACCCCAGCGGCGGCAAGAUGCCAAAAUGGACCCGUGUGAUCCUGCUGAACUGGUGCGCCUGGUUCCUGCGCAUGAAGCGGCCGGGUGAGGGUCGAGUGCGCUCCGCCUGUCACGACAAAGCUCCCCGGAGCAGCCUGACCAGCACGGAGCUCAAUGCCAGCACGACAGCCUCCCAAUCCACCAACGGCGCCACGCUCCACAUCGGCGUCCGCGGCCCGGAGAGCAUUCGCGGCUCCGCGGCCGCCAAGUCGCCCGACUCCGGUGCCCAGUGUGGACGGCUGCCCGGGCGAGCAGGUGAGGAGGAGAUGCUCCUCCCCACGUGUCAGAGCCCAUUGUUGGGGGGCGUGGAACCGGAGCUAGCCAAGAUCCUGGAUGAGGUGCGCUACAUCGCCAAACGCUUCCACGACCAAGACGAGGACGUGUCAGUGUGCAACGAGUGGAAAUUUGCUGCGGCUGUUAUUGACAGGCUUUGUCUCAUGGCUUUCUCAAUCUUUACAAUCCUCUGCACCAUCGGAAUCCUCAUGUCAGCACCCAACUUUGUCGAGGCCAUUUCUAAAGACUUUUUCACUUGAGGGCAAUUUGGAAACGAUAGGAGGGCACAUACCUGCGCCAAGGCUAACACUCUGUCUCUUAAGGAAGGGGGGGGGGGGGGGGGGGGGUAUCCUGCUUAUCCUAAAUGUAUUGGGUUGUUUCUCGGGUCACGCCCCGCCCCUCACAACAUUUCAUGGAAAUCGGUUCUGUAGUUUUUGCGUCAUCCUGUUAACUAACUAACUAACUAACUAACUAACAGACAAACGAAGGAUUGAUGAAAACACAAUCUCCUUGGCGGAGGUAAUAAAUAUCUGAGGGCAGUAAUUUGGACACAGUAAAGUUGGGAGUUGCACAUAACUAAACAUUUAAUCAAACAAAGGACCUAAGGCGUAGAUAAGCCUUGCUUUUUGAUUUGUCUUUUGUAUAAUUCAACCUAAUACUAUACUGCAAGUUAACUGUUGUAUUGUUUUAAAAUGACUGAAAAGUUAUGACACUACAGAACUGAUGGAAUGACAAAGAAUGCAAAUGUAAUUUCUUAUGUGAUGUCACCUGUGUAUUCAUUAAUGGCUCUGCAGAAGAUACUUAAUACAUUCUAUAUUGUAUUGAAGUUGUAUCACAUUUAUACUCUUAUCACAAUAUAAUCUUUGAUGUUGUAAAAUGCCUUUCUGAAAUUAUGUUUUAUUAGUACCAUAAGCAUAACCAUAAACAUAAAUUUUAACAUGUU